GGGAUGCCUCUGCUAGACAGAAAGCACCUUCAGGUUUCCUUUGCUCCCUGGGCGAGAGAGUCUCACUCCACAGCCCUGCUGGGCAUACUCCAGCUGAGGACAAGUAUAAAGGCCAGUGGAACUGCUCCAUCAGGGCUGACCACUGUGGAGGAAGGCGCUGCUGCCAGAGUGCUGCAGGAAGAGCUAUGGAGGGACUGAUCCGUGGAGGCCGGUCAGCAGGGAAUACCCAGAGAAGCUCUCAGCCUGGAAGAAACUGGAGAAGAAGCUGUUGGCCAUGAGUCAGGGAUCCAUUCCGCUGCUGGGCAGCCGCGCUCAUUGCUGAUUCCUGCAUGUCACAAGACGAUCCAGCAGCCAGGGAGUGAGAACCGAGAGGGUCAGCGACCCACCUGCUCGGGGCGGCUGUCCCAUCAGCAGCUCUUGGCUCAGGUGACAAGGACGGAGUUACCAAGUGAGUGCAAGGACCCCAGGCAGGCGCCCAGCGCAGAGCACAGGGAACAGGACUGAGUUGGUGGGCACAGACUGGCGUGGACAUGCAGACGUUCUGCAGAGCUCUGCUGGCUCUGUGCUGGGCUUUCGGCAGGGGAGAAUCACGAGAGAGCCUCCCGAUGCAGAGCCUGCACUGCUACAACGACUACACCUCCCAGACCACCUGCACGUGGCAGGAGUGCGGAGCGGCACGUCACUUCCUCAGUGUGACUCUUCACCAUAAGGACAAUAUAAAAGAGAUAAGCACACCGAUACCAUGUGAGCCUCAGGGAGCCAAUGGGUUCCCGGUUUGCCAGGACUCCUGUAUCUGCUGGAGCUGCCCCAGGAACAGCACCUCUUUUGCAGUUGGGGUGAACGACUAUUACAGUUUCAAACCCAGUCGGUUGCUGCAGGCCAACCUGAGCAUCAGCCCCUUCCAGAACGUCCAGCCCCUCCCACCUCAGAAGCUCCAAAUUAAUGUCACAGAAGAGGGUGACUUCUUCCUGGCCUGGGAAGCAGCUGGAGGAAGAAAAGGAAGCCACUGGCAGCACCAUGCACUGGAGUUUGAAGUGGCCUACAAGCGGGAAUGGGAAUCCUGGGAGAAAUCUUCCUCCGUGUCGGUCGCAAGCUCCUGCCACUGCCUGCUAAGGCGUGAUGCCCUUGUGCCCGGCAGCACCUAUCUUGCUCGUGUGCGAGCCAAGCCGAGCCAAAGCGGUGGCUGGUCUGGGCAGCCUAGCGAAUGGAGCACUGCUGUGUCCUGGAAGUCCCAGGAAGGGGAUGAGGCUCAGCCCAAGAACCUUCGCUGCCUCUUCAAUGGGGUGGAUCAGCUAACAUGCAGCUGGGAAGUGAGGAGAGAGGUCGCCAGCUCUGUCUUGUUCACGCUCUUCUACAGAGCCACGCCGGCAUCACAGGAGACGGAAUGCUCUCCAGUGCACGAGGAGGAAUUGCCUCACAGCCCCUACCUCUUCCAGAGCUGUGAGAUCAACGUCACCAACGGCAACAGCCUGAGCCAGUACCUCAUAACUGUCCGGCCCAAGGAGGAGGAGAAACUGAUUGCAGCCUACAAAAACAUCAAGCCGCUUGCGCCUGUCAACGUGACAGUGAAAAAUAUGAAAGACGAGGACUAUGAGCUGAGGUGGACCAAACAGGCUCUAAGCUUUGACCAUAUAAUCCAGAUAUAUGAAUUCCAGUACUGGAAGAUUGGAGACUCUGAGGAGAAUGUACGGUGGGCAAACAUCAGCAAUGAAUCUCCCAUCAUCUUCACCCUGCCGAUGCUGGAGCCCUCAACAUACUAUAAGGGAAAAAUGCGAGCGAGGGUGCAUGCAUACUCAUCCUAUAAGGGGCCCUGGAGCGAGUGGAGUGAGGAGUGCACCUGGAAAACUGAAAGUGUCCCCUCACCGCUGAUUCUCCAACUGUUGAUCCCAGUCGUCACCAUCAUGCUGAUCACAUUUGCCUGGUGUGGCUAUAGAAGCCUACUCCGUGUGAAGAACAAGUGGGAGGAAAAGAUUCCGAAUCCCAGUAAGAGUCAGCUGUUCCAGAGCUUCCUGAAGAAAGCACCACUCGUGAUGGGGGGCUUUGGCAAGCAGAGCCAUUCCGAGAAGACAGACCAGGCCAGCAGCAUCCAGGUGCUAGAAGGAUUGAUGAAGGUCAGCUCAGCAGAGCUCCCUGGAGCCAUGGAUGAGAGGAUGAAGUGCUUCCUCAGUGCGCUGGACUCAGAGAACCCGUAUCAAACACUGGAAACGGCAGCUCCUGCUCCACCUCCCUCAGCCCCGGCUGGCUGCCGUUCGAGUCAGGCCACCAGUCAGCUAGUGAUGCCCGCCAUGCUCCCCUGCAGGAGCAGUGCUGAGAUCCCUGCGUCUCAGGCCCCCAUGUCCUGCUUUGACUUCAAUGGUCCCUACUUGCACCUCCCCCACGAGUGUUCCCUGCCUGACAUUCCUCAGCACUCGGACGCUGCUCCAUUCCUCAGCAGGGGGAGGCCGGUGUCGCUGGAGUAUGUGUCCCUGCCCGAGGGGUCCAAUUCCCAGACCCCGCUAGCAGGGGAGGCGAGAGGAGCAGCUCAGCUCCGCCCCGUCUCGCGGCCUGCUCAGGAAGAGAUAAAGCAGCCACCUGCUGGAGGGCAAGAAGGGCCACAAGGCCAGUGCAGGGGGACUGGGGAAGCGGUGCAAGGGGACGCCGAAGGUCAGAGGUCACUGACUGCUGCCACCCCAAACAACUCCUGUCAGAAAUGGCCAAUGGGAUACGUCACCACAGAAGGUCUGUCACUGAUGCCAGCAGGUGACUCUGCUCAUCUCUCCCCUGCACAGGCCCCGCCAGAGGGGAUGCUCAGUGCUGUUGGAGUGUUGAUGUCCAGCCCAUGCCUGCCCCAUGCUACAGAGCACACCCCUAGCCCUGAGCGAGCUCCUGAGCACCCUGUUGCCAUCCAAGUCCCCCCUCCAGCAUCAGCCACUCCUGAAUUUGGCAGCUAUGUUAUGUUCCCCAAGGCUCCACAUGGCAUACCAGAACCCAGCAAUGUUUCCUCACCCAUCCUCUUGGAGGAGGUUGAUUUUCCAAAAGAAGAGUCUGUACAAGAGGGUCAUGUGGUCAUGUUCAACCCUGAUGGCACUGAGCCAGUUUUUCUACGCCAGGUAGGGGAAUACUGCUUCUUUCCUGGUUGCAAACCCGAGGAGAAGACCUCCAUGGGUGAGAAAAGCCUCCUAGCUGAUCAGACAUCAGAAGCCAAACAGGCAUUUGGAAAAUUACCCUGUGAUGGAGAAUCUGACAGUGGGAAGAGGGAGCCUGCACUUCAAAUGCAGGCCAUUCAGCUCUUCAAAACCCGGAAGUUUGGCGAUUACAUUGCUUUGCCUUAAUGAGCAGGACAGGAACUAGCUGCCAGGACCAGAGAGCUAUCUGAGCACUGCGAGAGAAGUGGCAAAGACAAGAAAGCAGGUGAAUGGAUGGAAAUUUCACCGGUUGAAACAUGUCUCUUGUUGUCCCCACUGUUUGCUCUCCCGAUCCCAGGCAGGAAAAACACAGAGGACCAUUCUUCUUCCCAGAAUGGCAGAUGUGAAUUAGCACUGUCCUCCUCAGCUGUAUCAAUAUAUUGGAAUAGAGAAAUCAGGAAACUAAGCUCCCUUGGAGAGAUCUGUUCAUUACAAAGCUCUAAUCCCCCGUCAUUAUUAUGUUAGCUUUGCCUUGGUCCUGCUGUAAUGUUAUGUUGAGUUGAAUGCAGACGUCACAGAGUGAACAAUUAAAGUUCGUAUUAUGGAUAA